ACAUGGGAAAAGCACGGAUUUCAAAUCCAAAAACUCACGUCUCUCUGUACUCUCUCUCUCUCGCGCGUGACUCUUUCUCUCUCUCGCGCGUGCCUUUUUCUCUCUCCUGCUUCGCCGCUCAGCCUCCAAGCUUUCUCUCUCUCGCCUCGCCACUUGAGCUCAGCCUCCAAGCUUUCUCUCUCUUGCCUCGCCAAUUUAUGUUUGAGUCACUUGAAAAGUUUCUUCAGGAGAGGGUUAAGGUCGGCGCCUCGGCGGUAAGGCUGGUGCUCUUGUUGAUCAACGUAAACUCUGACAGCAACUUCUCCCAGAGACCCACGAGAAUCACCGCAAUACCACUCGACAGCCAACUUCCACCACCACCGCAUUCUAUCCAAUCGUUGUCCUCCUACCAUCACCACCUGUGCACUCCUACGCGUUCCCACUAGAGUACUUUGGUCUCAAACCAUUUCUAUGACGCAUUAACACCAAUUUCUUGGUGUCUCCUUCAUCAACUUAGCGUCAACUUCCGUUGCAAUUCACUGGGUGAUUGAAUAAUGGACUGGUUCUUAAUUGUGCUCUCUGCUUCUGUUCUUUGGAUUGCCUCUUUAUGCAAAAUAUUGCAUGUAUCGUACUUCCCCUCGAAAGGUGACACCCUACACAAGAAGGCUAUCUUGCUCGUAAUUGCACAUCCUGAUGAUGAGUCCAUGUUUUUCACUCCGACUAUUAACUAUCUGACAUCAAGAGGGCAUAAUGUUCACAUCUUAUGCUUGUCUACUGGUAAUGCAGAUGGGUUGGGAAACAUCCGGAAAGAUGAGCUCUACAAGGCUUGCGCAAUGUUAAAGGUUCCCCUGAAGCAAGUGGUUAUCCUUGACCAUCCAGAGCUUCAGGAUGGAUUUGGCAAAGUGUGGAACCUCACCGUAAUUGCUAAAAUUGUUAAAGAUAGCAUCAGGUCUCGUGGCAUUAAUACGAUAAUUACCUUUGAUAGAUAUGGAGUUUCUGGUCACUGUAAUCACCGCGAUGUGUAUUUCGGUAUAAGAAAACUCUUGAUUGAUUCUCCACAAAAUAGCAUUGAAGCCUGGGAACUGGAUAGCACCAGUAUAUUGCGCAAGUAUAUUGGACCGGUAGAUAUCUGGUUAUCCAUCUUUAUGGCCUGGUGUCAUUCUAGUGGGAAAUCGUUCUGUCUAAUCAAUGAGCAUCCUAUUAAGAGCUUUCAAGCGAUGGCACAACACACGAGCCAAUGGGUUUGGUUUAGGAAGCUAUUUGUAUGUUUCUCCAGUUACACGUAUGUGAACACACUUCGAAGGAUUGAGCUCUAGGUUUAUGAUUCAGAACUUUAGGUAAAUUCUCUAGAACCUUCUUAGUUUAGGUGAAGUUUGAUUUUUUUUUUUUCACAACUCGUGAUACACUGCCAAAUUUGUUGCAUCCUGAGGGGAAAACGAGUUUUUGUUGGUAAAAUUUUGGAAUAUUGUUUUGCAAAGAUAAGCUUGUUUGCUCCAAUGGAGACUUGGGUUAAGUAUUGGAAAAUAAUGGGUCCCUGUUCUAUUGAGAUUGGAAGUUGUUAAAUGUCAAUAAACGAUAAGUAAUUCCAGUAAUUUCCAAGGGCUUAAGGCAGCACUACUUUUUCUCUUUUCUCAUUUGUCAUUUGUUGCAUAGUGCAGUUUGGAUUGGGUUCAGUAUGGGUGAUGAUUCAUUCGGAUCGUUUAUGGCUCUAUUAGGGGCUGUGUCAUGUUUUUGUUGGAGUCAUUAGCUUAUUAUGAUAAUUUAAUCAAUACUAUUUACCAUACUUUUGGAUUGUGUCAAUUUGGAAAGGGGUGUGUAUUUUUCGGGUAUAGUUCAAACUUGGGAUGUAUAAUUUGGACAGAUUAACUAGGUUUUGGUUAGUUUUGCUAGAGCAAUUGAUGAACCUUUUUAUGAGUAGGCAAUGGGUAAUUUUUAUUUUUAUUUGAAUGUCAAGAAUAAGUCCAAACAAUGGAGCACCAUGGAAAUAAUGACCAACAUGAUGCCAAAUUUGCCAAUAAUGAAAGUGUGGCAGGCACACUCCGAAAUGAAGCAACCAUGACUAUGAGAAAGGGAUAAGCAAGUUAGAUAUGAGCCUCCACAUAAAACCUGCCACGUGGCGGAUAGGGUAUCAUCCAACCUUAUAUUACCUCUGGAAGACCCCAUACCCAGUUAGUUAUCCUUAGAACAAUUCUUCUUCUUCUUCUUCUUCUUCCACCUCCCCUAACACAAACCAACCUUCUUACUAAAAAUAGUAGUAAUGGCGGCGGCAGCAGCAACAACAAUGGUGGCAGCUACCUUGGUAAGAAAGCCGCAAACUCCUCCUAUGUUGGGAGCACUCCCUACCAACGUUGGCCAGGUCAUGUUUGGGCUAAAGGCUGGUGGUCGAGGAGGAAGGGUGACAGCAAUGGCUACCUACAAGGUAACCUUGGUUACACCUUCGGGUAGUCAGGUGAUUGAGUGUGGCGAUGAUGAGUACAUCUUGGAUGCUGCUGAGGAGAAGGGAAUGGACUUACCUUACUCAUGCCGUGCAGGUGCGUGCUCUUCAUGCGCCGGAAAGGUGACCUCAGGCAGUGUGGACCAAUCAGACCAGAGCUUCUUAGAGGAUGGACAGAUGGAAGAAGGCUGGGUUCUCACAUGUAUUGCUUACCCUACCGGUGAUGUCACUAUUGAGACUCACAAAGAGGAGGAGCUCACUGCUUAAUUCAUUUUUAACUUUCCAUUUCUUUUGCUUAGUUUCUUUCUUUGUGGGAUAACUGCCAAGGGGAUUUUCUCCUUUUUCUGGUUUUUGUACUGCUAAGGAAACAAAGUUUAAGGUACUAGAUUUAGAAAUCAAUCCAUUAUUUUGCGGCGGUUUUAAAUUAAAAAGUGACUUAUGGUUUAGAAACGGAGGGUGUAGUAUCUUUUGUUUUUUAAUCAUGGUUCGUGGCAAUAAUGUUCCAUAUAUCUUUUUGAGCAAUUCAAUUGUUAGAAUCUAUUCUA